AUGCGGGCUUGCCCUAUACCAAUGAUCGCUGCCGCGAGGCCCAUUAGUCAAGCGGAGCCGGACCAUUGGCACACCAAGCCGGACAAAUCUACACUUACAGUGGAGGAGUUGGAGGAAAUAAGGAGGAAAUACCAAAUUCCAUUGGAGAUAGGGUUGAGGUUGCCCACGUCCAAGGAGAUGGCAUCAGAUGUGCAACCGGAUGAAUUCAGCCUCUACAAGGAAGCGCUGCGAGGGGUAGGCGACCGGAGGGAUGGCUAUGACAAUGGAGGAGUUCUUCUCUUACUACAAGGCCUUCGGUCAGCAGGAGACUUGAGUGACUCUGCAAGCAGUGGCAGGUCGGGGUCUAGUGGCUGGCCUGCCAUCUUCCGUGAAGGGGUGGAGGCCGAGAUGGUUCUUCGUGUUGGCGAACGGUGGGGCAGGGGUUUACACAACAUGGAAAGUCCCCACGAAAUCGGUGGAGCCAAAGUUAGGCGUGGAGGCCGAGGACAGAGUAAAAAAAGUGAGAGAGUAGAAGGAGGAGAAGGGAGUGAGGUGGGACGAGUUGGUCCUACCUUCAAUGUUGUUUGCCCUGAACUUGGGACCGCAACCGUUAGAAGAGGAUCCUACAAGGGAGGAAAUGGAUGGGAGGAGGAAAGCGGAGGAGGAGGGGAGGAGGUUGUUCGCCAGGGCGGAAAAAUACAAGGAGGCGCAAUUAGGGCUUGCCCUAAAGUUGGUGGUGAGGGAGCGGAUCCGACCGCGUCCCAAACCGGUAGGCGACAAAGACCUAAACGACUUCGCCCCUCUGCCGCCCCCAGUAGACCCACUGAAGGUGAGGGGCAAGCAGGAGGUGGAGGUGGUUAUGAAGAAGCCAAGAAAGAAGAAGGGGGGUGUAAAAGGGGGAAAUAA